UAUUUCUCUGAAUUGCAUUUCCCUAUUUUGAUUUAUACCAUAUAUUCCAGAAUUACUUCAAGUGAACAAUUGACUAGACUUAGCAUUUGUCUAUGAUGGGUUCCACCGGUGGGGCAAAAUACGCACACCUUUUCGCGAACACCUGGUAUCAUCACUAUUUGAUAGUGAUUCAUAAACGCAUGCCCUGUCAUCGGAUCGCAAGUAAGCACACCAUGGACUCUUUGCAUUUCCGAGAAUAUCAGAGAGGAAUGAUGGUUUCAAACAAUGAAUCAUUUCCCGAUGCUGAUGUUCAUUUAAACGAGGUGUUGUCAAAUGCAGUUGGCCGAGGAGAAAGGAUACAGGUUACAGACACGCUCGCCUGUAUCCACUGGAAAGGAUCUCAUGGUUCAGUGACAUCAACACUAACCCUCACACAGCCGAAAUUAGAAGACCCUGAUCGAAUUGAUGAGGAAUUUUGUGAAGCCAUGGUUCGGGAUCCGACUCAACUACACACCUUCAUUCGUGAUGUACAUAAGCACCAAGCAGUCAAACUGGUUACGGUGAAGGUCCAUCCCAUUGCUUUUACAUUUCGUCAUUUCGAGAAUGACCUGUUCGUCAGAUGUGCAAAGGACUUUAUGAAUGCUAUACGUUGUCUUGUUUCAAACUGCGUGCAUUCAAAACCUGAGAUCAAAACAGCCCUUAAAGUUAAUAGAGAAAAUACAGACACUUGCACUUCUUUCCAUCGCGGAUUUGGGAACCACAGAACCGGUAAUCAGUCCACCAGGUAUUGCAUGACGGAGGGAAGAAACACACAACUGGAGAGUGUAGCAUCCACAAAGGAGAGGUUUGCUGUUAUUGAUAGAGAAAUGAAGAAACAAAAACAUUUCAUUGAAACUCAGUUCGCCCUACACAGACAGCAGAAUGAUGAGAUUAUGUCGACACUCUCUCAUGUACUGUGCACACUCCAGGCAGGCCUGACCAGUGCUGAGAUCCAAAAAGUCAUAGCUGAAGAAAAAAACCGUUUGACACAAAGUUUUGAGAAGAAUGACGAACCAAGAUUAACUGUCAAAGAUGAAUCACAAGAUGAUUUGGCGAGCCACACGUCGCUCUCCACGUUAAGUUCUGACCAUCAGGUACAACGCAAUGGACCUGAUGACUUCUCAAGAACUGAUCACGGGAGUCAAGAGAACCAUGGCUGCACCCAUGAACCUGUCCGCAAGGAAAACAGAUCAGAUGCAGCCCAAACAAAGGAAAAUGAACGAGCCACUGCAGCAACUGCAGAUGCAACUACCCAUGCAUCGGGUUCAAAGAUAAAACCAGAAACCAGUCGUAACCAUGAAACGUCCGGUACCAUAAACACAACGAAACAGGAUGGCGUCGGCAAGGUCGCUGAUAGUCUGGCUGCGUCCAAAGUUCAGACGAAAUACUCAAGAAAAAAUACACGACUGUUUUCGAGUUCAACGUCAAGCAACGUAAUGACGCUUGAUCGCUUGAAAGCAGGUCAGGACACGUCGGGGUAUAAACCUUCUGGAAAAGGUGAAGGUCAAAAGGUUAAGACACUCGCUAACUUGAAGGAAGAAGAAUGGAAAGAAGAUCGCGAAAAACAUGACGCAACUCUUGCAUAUCUAAUGGGUCUCCAUGAUCCCAGCGACGGAACAGUAGACAGGGAUGAUGUCUUGAAGAGUCUCACCAGUGGUAAAUCGCUCGUGCCCAUUAAAAAGGAAAGGACAAGGUCUGGCGAACCGUCGAAAGGUAGAAAACGUCCGGUGUUAGAUGUACAGAGUCUUAUUAGCAGUAAUCCAGAUGACACAAGGCUGUGGAGCGGACUUGAAGACGUACUUCAGGAAGAUGACGACGGAUCUCUCCGAGCUGAAGCAGCAUUGGACACAGUGUUUUGUCUGGACACGUCUGGGAGCAUCAGUGAACAGGCAUUUGCACAGAUGAAGGAUAUUGUCCUUGACUUCCUUACUGGUAUUGAAGAGGUUGCUGAAAAGUAUGAUAUUGAGGAAAACGUCGCUUUAGUGACAUUCGGAGGAAAGGCUAAAGUAAUACACCAUCUUUCGAAUGACUACGCAAGUCUGCAGGAUGCUCUUGAAAAAGUAGAGCGAGGAGGUCCUUCUCCACUUCUCCAGUCCCUGGUGGUUGCCCUUGCCUGUCUUUCAAGAGGUGGCAUCUGUAAUAUGGGAGGCCUUUUGGUUCCACCAAGGAUUGUCUUCAUAACUGAUGGAUUGGCAUCUGCAGAGUUACCGGAGACAGCGCCAGAUACAACGUGCCCAUCUGAGAAAGAUAAAAUGCGCCUCAUUGGUGCAGUUGGAGCAUUAGGAAGUGAACAUGCCAGAACAUAUAUAGCAAGUCCUCUUGUGUGGAUCCCAAUCGGGGAGGCCGACAGGACAUUUCUCGAAUCUAUGGUGAAGUUGUGCCACGGAAAACUGCUGGAAGGAAAAGACGUGAAGACACUUUGUAACCACCAACGACUUCGGAGGAUAGCGAGUAAUGUUUUGGUGUACAUGAGACGUCGGGAUACCGAGUCAGAUAACUUUAAAAGUGAAAUGGAAAUGGUGAUCAACGCCUUAGGCGACACUUUGACAACAUCAGAAAAGGAAGAGAUUGCCACAUUGGUCAAAAUGAACAUCUACAACGUUGAGGGCAAUCUCGGAGCUAUUGACAGUUUUGAUAACAUCACGACAAGAGACAACUUACCCCCACUGGGCAGCAGAGUGGUCCGUGGACCAGACUGGAUGUGGGGGGACCAAGACUCGCAGGGUCCCGGGACAGUCAUCAACCACGAUGCUGAUGGCCCAAGUGUGUGGGUCUUAUGGGACAACGGUCAACGGAACGUUUACAGAUGCGGCGUCCAAAACGAGUUCGAUGUUCUGAUUGUGGAUGACCAACCGCGGACAUUUGGUGAUAGCCAUAUGGUUGAGAUAGGAGCUCAAGUCGAACGAGGUCCACACUGGCAGGAGUCGUAUGGGAACCAGGAUGGCGGGCCCGGGAGUCACGGAACUGUCAUAAGACGCAAAGGACAGAUAAUCAUGGUGAGAUGGGACAAUGAAAGUAUCCACAAGUACAGGUUUGGGGAAAACAAUAUGUACGACGUGGCAAUGAGGGACCCAUUUGCCUGUCUGCUGGAGAGGAGUUCCCCACAGUCAACCAAGAAGAGUGAUACCAGCCUCUCUCUCAGUCACCCUCAACAUACAGAAAAGCAUGGCCGACCAGAAAGUGACAGGUCGUUUGUGUGGCAGAGGAACGAUGGGCGACACGGAUGGCAGGACUACACAGAGGCUGAGAAUGCCAAGAUGAUGACUGAGUACAGGAAGCGAAAGAUGGGGUCGUGUCUUCUCAGUAGGAAUGGCCAAAGUUUCAGAAUAUCCUUCCGAAACAAUAUUGAGAGAUCUGUGGAGGAUAAUACGACCGCAGACAUACGGAAACGGUUCACCGAUUAACUUUGGGUUAUCCUGGAAGUAGGGCCUGAGAGGGUUGAUUGAAACAUGGUGCAAAACCAGCGUUUGUAAAGUGGAGUUUGAAAGAUCCUGUAGUGAAUACUAUUUCACAAAGGACGACAGUCUUUUUUUUUCAAUAAUAUGAUUUGAGUAAAUAUCACAUUGUCUUCUUUCUAUAAUGAAUGUGCGAGUCUUGGAUCAUUUCGUGUUUGUUUGAGUAAACUGUUUUGUAGAUCAUGUGUAAACUCAACUCAACGUUACCGUCCUCCGUAGAUCGUAGAUGCUAUGCAUAGCACUGAAACCAAUGUGGUGGCCAGGAAAAUGAACAUGUAGACAUGAUAACAAGAAACUGUAAUUGGUUUUGCCUGUCGGAGAUAUAAACCAUACAAGAGAUCAGUUGUAUGCUCAGUACGAUACACAUACGUUAUGGUAACGAUUAUUGGCUUUGGUUGAUCCAAGAUGGAUCUGAUAUUUGUGAAACUGAACCUGGCUACUUUGAUGUAGUAGAAAGUACACGAGAUGACGGAGGACAAGUGUACGUUAAUGAGUACAGUGUACAUCAGACGCUGCUUAUAUGUACUCAGUGCUGAAAAUUCCCCAAACUUAUUUCAUCCAGACAACCGGUCUGGCAACUCUCCUAAGUUACCAGACCGGAUAAAAUGCUGCCAGUCCAGAAAUUUCUGGACUAACAAAAGCAACAGGAAGGUAAAUUUGAGGAAGGCACGCUUGAGUGUCGCCAUAUUGUCAACUUUAACCAGAGCUCCAUACACACGGUCGUAGGCAUCGCAUGUCUAUAGCUUCCUCAGUAAUACACUGUUAUGAGUGCAAUUCUAAAACGGACUCUAAUUGGGUAAUUUCGAUUACUUGGCCAA